AUGGCAGCAGAAAGCCUUGAUAUGGUGGUUUUAUGUCCCUUUAGUAUCCGUAUUACCGAAUUCAAUCCCUACCAUACCAGUGCAGAUCUCACAUCUGGUAAUCAUCUCCACCAGCACAGCGCCCGUAGAUGCGAUCCUAAUGGCCACCAUGAGAGUGCUGAACCCAAUUUUAGUGAGCGGCUGGACCCUGCUCCACUGAUCACCCAAGCACCUCCACUCGCUACGGUUUCUGCUGGCUCAGCGAUUGUCGUUGUUCAGCAAGAACUAGAUAGCGAUAACUUUGUGAUAGAAGGCACACAUACUGUCGUUCCCGGAAAGCCUAUUACUACGGAAGUGAUUGUCGGCACAACUGUGAUAUUUCUACAGCCAAAUUACCCUCAAGCAACAUACGGACCUCCGCUAGUACCACCACCACCAAUACUUACUGCAGGCACCACAACGGUAAUGCCAGUAACCGCGCUUGUCAUUAACAGAAAGACAUCCAGCGUCGUUCCUGUAACCGGCAGCAUUUAUACCGCUGUGGUACCAGCUGCCUUGACCUUCAGAGAACAAUCGUAUACAGUUCAUCGUGCAGGCCACAUCAUAAUGGGUCAAGAGGCCACUCUUACCCCCGGCGGCAAUCCAGUAACUAUUGACGGGACGACGCUUAGCCUCGAGCCCAGUGGGUCAGCGGUUGCGGUGUAG